ACGCUGCUUGGCGUGGUACAUGUGGACUGACUUUCAGUCUUCGCUUCACAGUUCAAACUGUAGCUAGACACAGAAAGUCAACCGUAAUGAAGACUUGUCAUACAACCCCGGAGGAGUUUUGGAAAGGGAUGUUUUUACUUUGGAUGUGAUAAACUAAGGUGGAGGGGAUUCAGUUUUAAUUUAUCAUGCUUUACCAUAAUGUAGUUUCCGGGAUUAAAGUAGAGUAGCUGGUUUCGAACUGUUUUUUCUUUUCUAAGUUAGCUAGCUAGCCAGUGUUAGCUUGGCUAUCUAUCUGUACUAGUAUCUGCUCAACUGGUACAGUACGAACAUACUUCAACGUGUUUUUACAAUCAGCCAUACAAGUACAUAGCUAGAUAGAGCAAAACAAUGACAUGGGUCAAAGGGAAAUCAUGCCAUACAAGACCACACUGGUGAGAAGGAGAAACGGAAUUCAAACUGCCUCGAUGUGCAGACUGGAUGUCGAGUCAGCCGAGAAGGGAAUUGAACAACCCGAAGAUGUCCACCAUUCGUCAAGAGGUGGCUCUGAUAGGAACAAACAAGAGACAGCGAUGCGGAACUGCACCCCUCAGCCGGGCCAUCGCCUGGCCCCUCAGGGACCGGAUCUCAAGCUGACACCCAAGGUAGAUGGAUGGGGAUCGCCAUGGCGACUAGCGUGGCUCUCCAACACUGCGCCUUGCCCCCCCCCCCCCCACCGUCCCCCAGAGAGGAACAGUCCAUGUGACCCGUACAUGGUGGGUCGGGGGGUUAAGCGUAAGCUGAGUGAGUGUGAGGACCCUGUCCCGGGGCUGCCCUACCCCCAGCAGAGGCAGCUGGUGCUGGACCUGUGUCUGGACAAGCUCCAGAGCUGCCAGCGGCGAGCCGAGCCCAGCCUGCACCGCUCGGUGCUGCUGGCCAACACGCUGCGUCACAUCCAGCAGGAGAUGAGGCAGGAGGGCCGGCCCCAACUCCCGGAGGCCCCUCCGGCUCCCUCGCUGCUCCACGCGGCCACCCCUCGGCACUCUGCAGAGCUGCCGGCCGUGCCCCCGGACAGCGCCCUCUCGGCGGCCCCCUCCUUUUCGCCUCCGAGCGCCGAUAAAGAGGCCCAGGCGGCCGAGGCUGAAGGGAGGUCGUCCGACUCGCUGUUCGGCGCCUUCGAGAUCACCAACUCCACCAGCUACCUGACGGACCUGGCGCCGGACGACAUCUUCGACGACAUCGACACGUCCAUGUACGACUCGGCGGACUGCUCCGUCCUGGUGUGCCCCGCGUCCAGAGGGGGCGCCGAGGACAACCUCAAAGCGUUCUCCGGCUACACCACGUCGAGCACCCUGCAGCUCUGUCUCACGGACCUCAACGACCUCGACCACAUCAUGGAGAUCCUGGUGAGCUCCUGACCGGCCGAACCUCCCCACUGGUCAACACUGCUGUCUGCCGUUUGCCCUGCAGCCGGCCGGGGAUAACGACUAUUUCAUGUUUCCUUUUUUUACGGACAUUUCUAUUUUUUGAUACAAAAACUCAAUGUAUUUAUGUGAAAGACAUGCCUGCCAGAUACACUUCAGCCGUGUGAUGAAUGCACAUUUUCGACGGCAAGCUUGUUCUGAUCAUUGUUCCUAUAGGGAGAAUAUGCAGGGACUGAAGUAUUACUAUUGAGACUUAUUUUUAUUCGAUGGAGAAGAAUAGAACCUGUGAGAACAGGAGAAGAACCUGUGUGGAACAAGGAUGUAUUUAUUGAGCACUACAACUAUUAAUCCCUAUGAAAAUGAAUCGGGACGUGCAUGUUCUCACUACCUCUUUAAAGCAAAGAGCGGUUUAUAUAUAUUUACACACAAAACAAAACAACAACAAAUGCGGUGCAUCACCAGUUUUACAUUCUGACUAGUUUUUUUCCUCUACUUUUGAAAACGGGUGAUUGUCAAUAUUGCUUAUUGCACUGGAGAGAAUUGCCUUCAUUACAACCACAAUCUCAAAGCAUAGCUGAUCAUUCCACAAAACCUAUCACUUAUGCCUUGUCCGCUAGCAUUCUAAACUGGUCGUGGACACCAAUGUUCACGCUCCAAAGUACUUUUCAAGAGACACUGGCUUUCCUUUGUGUUCACGUAACGGCGGUUUUACGUAAGAAUCUCAAGGAGACGCCGGGCAUCGGAGGUCAAGAACGAUCAGGAUGUUUUGCAACUCUGACCAAGGAUCUUUUGAAGCAUUUAAGCAGUGGGUUUUUUUUGGGUCACUGUGCACAAAUUGAAUACAAUGUAUAUUUUCCACGUGAGAUUGUUCAAAAAUGCAGAAAGCCUCCAUGUAAGGGGGGAAACACAGUGCCUAUAAUGGAGAGAGAAGACUGGCAGAGGGUGAAACUACCCAGCACAAAUGCUCAAGCCUUAGAGGGGGGGGGGCUGCAACCUGACGGCACUGUUUUUAACCAUUUGUAAGGGAUCCUCAGUCCUCUAGAUAAGCCAUGCGACCAGACGGGGUCUACCCCCGAACCCCCUCCAAAAAGCUGUCCUCGCCAAAGACUGGAACCCUGCGAGAACGCUGCGCUCUGCCACGGAGAACAAUCGAGUGUCCGAUUGGGAUUUCAAUACAUGACACUUUGUAUUCUCCUCAUGGCCUUUUUCUUUAUUUCCAUCUCUGCAUCCAAUAACGCGUUUGGACUUUACUCCCUAGAAAAUGCAAGUCAUGGCUAGAUAGCCAAGUUGCGUAAGCACAGUUGCUAGCCCGAGCCGCUCUGAAAAACAAGCUGUAACUAAACUCGAAAGAGAGGCACUGAUUGGACUUCAUCCCAAACUUGAUUUUGGUCAAAGGGGUCAAAUAGUCUGCAUAUGUGCUCCAAGGGACUGUCCGGCAUGGCUUGCAAGCUGUCCCCUCCCCCUCCUCCCCGAGACUGCAGAGAGAGAGAGAGAGGGGGAGGGUACAGAAGAGUGAGAGCGAGAGAUUAAGGGGGUGAGGGGCAGUGGCUCCAAUCACGUGGAGGUCCUUGCUUGUGGAAAAGGCUACACUGAGAGUUUCACAACAGCUGGUAUGUGUGUGCGUGUGUGUUGGUGUGUGUCUGUGCUCAGCUCCACCCUGAAAGGGGGCCCCCGUGUCUGCGUCCAAUAGAAAGGCAGGAGGAGGAGCCAGAGCCGCCAGUCAACCAGUAUGCAACUGAAUAACAAACUGCAAGCAGCCUGACGCAGUUCCUUCCCUCUCUGUGGAAUGUGCUCCUGUCUCUGGUGGUUUUCAGUUUGGGACAGAGGGCUUUGCACUGUGGUGCAAGUGUUGCGCUGUGUUUCCAAAUGCACCGGUGUCCCAACUAGUUAAAAAUAUAAGGGAACAAAUGUAAACGAUGGGAACUGUAAUUCACACUGCCUCUCAUACUCCGCUCGUCAGCUCAGCUAACUGUGAGCUUACGCGGGAUCUCCAGCAGUUCUCUGUUGUGAAGCUCUCAAAGUCUCACUGGAUGCCACACAACAGACCCCCCCCUCUCUCUCUCUCUCUCUCUCUCUCUCUCUCUCUCUCGCUCUCUCGCUCUCUCGCUCUCUCGCUCUCUCGCUCUCUCGCUCUCUCUCUCUCCCCCUCUCUCCCCAACUCCCAGGCAUGGCUGCCACACACAAGAACCCCACCCUCGUGAUCGAAGGAGUCUCGCCCAAGCCAGCCAGUCUCCCACUGGAAGACAUCAACCACAAACAAUAAACCAAGGAGACUUGUUUAUGACACCAUCAGCAUUCUUCUGUGGGUCCUUCCCUCCUCAAGACUGCUGCGCGCCGGCCUCAAAAUGAGUUGUGAAUUUCUCAAGCUUUGUAAGCUUUUUGUGUUUUUUUUUCUGUGUGUUGUAGGUAUUUGUAUUUAUACAAUUUUCCUGUGAUAUCGCUUUGUUUAUUUGUACGACAAAAUUCGAAUAAUAUAUUGCGUUUUAUUUAUGAGACGACAGUCUGUGGUCUCUGUAGCAGAGUUUGGCCCCUGUAUUUUAUAUUCCCGUUUAAUAGAUGAGGUAAAAACAAAAGAUGUCUGUAAAUAUUUGUUGUGAAUCAUGACGUUUUUAAUUGUCCAGAGGUUUAUUAAUUGUACUGUUGGUGCACCCAGGCCUUCCACUUUGUCAGUAAGUUCUAAAGAUGAUUGCAAUGGACCAGGCAGACUAACUGGCAGCUUUUCACCCGGUUAUCAAACUGAACCAACUUGGCUGAGUUAACCAAAAGAUUUGAUCCAUAAUCACAGUCUAUGUACUCGUUUGUCAGACCAGUCACAACUGUAUCCAUAACUCACCAGUGAAACACAGGGACAUUAGAAAAACACUGGUUACUUCAGAAAUGUUCUAGACCUUAUUUUUGUCUGAACUGGCUUUUUGUCAACAAUCGGUCUCAUAUAAUGACUUGGUGAGAGGACAUUAUUUAUUCAUUUGAAAGACCUUGUCGUUUUAUAUUCAUACUUGACUACUAUGAAUAUCGACCACAGUAUCUUCAAACAGGCAAAUGCCUUGUUUACUCAAACUAGGCGAUAACUUGAUAAUCGAGUCGACCUUCCACCUGCGUUUAGAGGUCCUGCUACCACUUCAAGUCCAGAACAAGAGAAGUAGAAAAUACAUGGGCGCAUAAAGAAUCCUUUUAGUCCCAAGUGCAAUAUGAACAUUACUGUUGUUUGACUGUCUUGUAAAAUGAGAGCGUAUGUGUCAGUUCUACAACAUGAUUUUCAGAGGAUAUGAUCUUGCUCUCUUAACCACACUGGUCUCAUGCUAAGUUCACUUUCAGUAUGGAUAUUUUUCUUGUCAUCUGGUUUUGACCAUUUAACACUCUGUGUGUUGUGUACAUAACAAAGCAGGCUAUUUUGAAAUGUAUAUCCUAUGCAAUAUUAUUGUAGCUGGUCAGUUAAAUCUGAAAAUAAAUAUGGUAUUUGUA